UCCUCAAAUGGACCUGUCCCCUCCACCAGGAUCUUGAGGGUUGCCAGGCGACAGCUGCCAGCUGCUGUGGGCGAGGCCGCGCAUGUGAAUUACAGCUAUAAGGGAGGCGAUGAACUACAUUUCCCAUAUCCCCACGGGCAGUCUGAACCUUCUUUUAAUUGUGGUAUGAAGAUUGAAGAAGAGUGUGAAAUAGGCAAUAUAAUGUCUGGUUUUCUCUCACUGCGAUGUGCAACGAUAAGAGAGACGGAUAUUUUCUCUGACAGUCAGCAGGAGGAGUAGGCAGAGGAUGCAAGCAGUUCAAGAGAAGGCCUUGUGGGUAAACACAGGAAAUGGAGGAUACGGUCCUUGCACUGCGGGAACUGCACAGGAAGUUACUGCUAAGUUCUCCCUUAGACAUUGAUGUUCAACAAUAUGCCACUCUCUUAACACUGCAGAAUCUGGAACCAACAUUGAUCAGACUUGAUGAAUGUUCUGUGGAUGUAGAAAACGUACAAUCAGCACGGUGCUUGCGAGAUAUUACAGCUCUCCAGCUAUGUCUUAUGCAGACGCUUAUCACCAAAGCAGAGAACCCAAUGACCGAGCAUAAUGUGAGAUGUCAGUAUACUCGUGUAUUGGAGCGUUUGCAGCAAACUGGCGUGGAUGCAGCAUUAAUUUCUCUCUCCCUCAACUGUGACAAGGUGCUGUCUCACCUCUCCUCAAAGUGCCUCUCCUGUUUGGUGCUAUUUCAGCUACGGUGUCAGUUUGAAGUGAAUGACCUCUGGCUUCAGUACUGCCUUAAGACGCUGUGUGAAUACCCUAAGAGUCCAGCUUUGGUUCCAUGUCUGACUUCUCUGCUGCUUGUGUGUAAAGGAAUCCUCAGGGAUCAGAAUCUUCAGCAAGCAGCUACUCUUCUGCAUCUUCUUAAACCUCUGGAUAAAGUAUUUGGAGAAUUCUGUUCUUCUAUUAUUUAUCAACAUUGUUCAACUCCUUGUCAGCAGCUAGAUUCUGACAUCCACCUCUCAUGUUUCCUAGACUUGUUGGAAGUUCUAGUUGCACUAAAAACAAAGCUGAAGUUGAAUCUCCCAUUAUGUGAGCAGGUUUUGUUAAUUACCCUUCCUCAGACUCUGAGUCUGAUAUCUUCUUCAUUCAGUUACUUUGUAAAGAAGCAGAUCAUUCUGGUGCUAAAGAGAUGCCUUCUGAAUAAAGCUGGAGAACAUUUCCUGCCAUCUUUGCUCCCUGUACCACAGAUAUCCAAUCCCCAAGUAGAUUAUGUGUCAGCCCUUGGGGAGGUGCUACUGAGUGCUGUGCGCCAGGGAUGGCUUCUGCAAGUGCCUGUUAGUGAACGAUGCAGCAGCUUUGGAGGUGCUAAUGAAACAUCAGAGUGUGGUCCUGACCUGGUAACUCUGGGAGCAGUUUGUCUGUCUGUGCUUAAAGCUUUAGAAGCGCAAGUUCUUUUGUCAGCACCAAGCAACAAUUUGACAGUGGAUCUCCAGAUCUCGAUGGAGCACUUGUUAGUUUUCUUAAAGCUUCAUUUAGGGAACGAGAAGCUGAUGCAUCAUUGUGAGUGGGUGUCUGUCAUUUUCAUAGAGCAGGAUGAUGACAUGCUGGAGGUGGCUAUGUCUUUGUUAAAGAUGUAUAUCAAAUGCCACAGGCAUUGGUUUAAUCCUCCCUUUGUCCAUGAAUCUGAAGAUGAAAAGAGAUCCUGGAAUGGCCAAUCUCACCAGAGUGGAAGUGAUCCACAUUGCAUAUUCUUGUUGCUGCUUAAAAAUGUGGCAUUUGAUGCUUCUGUCUUGCUGGAUUUUCUUAUAUCCUCAGAGACUUGUUUCCUGGAGUACUUGGUUAGGUAUCUAAAGCAUCUUAGAGAUGACUGGUCUCAGUUUUCCUUCACAUGCACCUUAUUUGAAAAACUGUCUGUCCAACAGCCAUCUAUAUGUAGUUCCCCCUAUACUGGGGGGGAAAAGCUGGGAAAUGAAUCCUCAGGACUGUCACAUACAUUCACAUAUAUAGCUAUUUCUGCCAACAAUCCUACCACUGUGACAGAAGAAAAAAACAAGUGCUCUGGACCUUCUAACAUCUCCAGCAGCAAAGGCCAACGUAUGGGUACCAUUCGGAGUCUUGUAGAUUAUGACAGCUCUGACGAUUCUGAAUUAGAAUGCACAGAUAAGCAAUUUCCUGCCUUAACAUGCAGUCAGGAUGCUAAUAGUAUAGAUACGAAAAUGGGGAAGUUGAAUUUAAGAGUGUCUCCAGUAUGUCAAAGUACACCAGCACAUGCCAAGGUCAGAGAUAAAAUGCCACUUCCAGAGAUGCAAGUAAAGACUGUUAAAUGUUUAGAAGAAUUAUAUCAAGCGGUUUCUCGGCUUCAUGGAAAGAAGCUAUUUCCAUAUAACCCAUCAGCAUUACUACGGUUGUUAGCUCUUGUUUGUAGUCUGAACAAAACCACAAGCACAAGCAGCAGUUAAAAAAAAAAAACAGCCUAGCUGCAUAAUGCAGGGCUCGACAAAUCCAGAAAUCACUGGCUCCUAGAAUAGGGGCAUUCUAAUGCAAUCAUCACAUGAUCAGAUAUAACAUUUCAUUAGUACAUGGAUGUUUUGUUCAUAAAUGUGUUUAAAGUGAAGGUCAAUUUUCAUCAAUGAGU